CCUUCUUCUCAAUAUCACUCUCUCUCUCUACUUUCUCUCUCUAACUAGCGGCAUCAGAAACCCUUUCUUCAGAGGUCUUAACAAUGGGUCAAGCACUCUGCUGUGUUCAAGUUGACCAGUCAACCGUUGCUAUGAAGGAACAUUUCGGUAAAUUUGAUUCUGUUCUUGAUCCUGGCUGUCACUGCUUGCCAUGGUGUUUCGGUUACCAGAUGGCCGGUACCCUUUCACUUCGUGUGCAACAGCUAGAUGUUCGUUGCGAAACAAAAACUAAGGACAAUGUUUUCGUGACUGUGGUGGCUUCCAUCCAAUACCGAGCUGUGGCACAAAAUGCGUCUGAUGCAUUUUAUAAGCUCACUAACACAAAGGCACAGAUCCAGUCGUAUGUUUUUGAUGUCAUCAGAGCCAGUGUGCCGAGAUUGUUAUUGGAUUCUGUCUUUGAACAAAAGAAUGAAAUAGCCAAAGCUGUGGAGGAAGAACUCGAAAAGGCCAUGUCUGCUUACGGGUUCGAAAUCGUCCAGACCCUAAUUGUUGACAUUGAACCAGACGUUCAUGUCAAACGAGCCAUGAACGAAAUCAACGCAGCUGCUAGGAUGAGGGUAGCUACAAACGAGAAGGCCGAAGCAGAGAAGAUUCUCCAAAUCAAGAAAGCCGAGGGCGAAGCAGAGUCAAAGUACCUGUCUGGACUUGGUAUUGCUCGACAGAGGCAAGCGAUUGUGGAUGGGCUUCGAGACAGUGUGCUGGCAUUCUCGGAGAAUGUACCCGGUACAAGUGCAAAGGAUGUAAUGGACAUGGUUCUCGUGACUCAGUACUUUGACACAAUGAAGGAAAUCGGAGCUUCAUCAAAGACUAGUGCCGUUUUUAUCCCACAUGGACCUGGUGCUGUUAAAGACAUCACCUCGCAGAUUCGCGAGGGUCUUCUUCAAGGUCAGAGUGUUGUUGAUCAGUAGUCAGAGACUUUUAGGAGAAAUUUGCUUUCGGACUUUAUUUUCGAGAUGGCUUUUGUGUAACUAGUUUACUUUUAAGGGUUGGAGUUAUUUUUGUUUAUAAUUAGGCUAGUGAGAUUGUGUGAUUGGAUUGUCUGCAUAUGUUGAUGAAGCUAGGUUUUCUUUUGUUCUCCUCUUUUA